AGUUCCUUUCUCGUCUCCUCCUCGGGCCCCGGACCCCGGAGCGAGCGCAGAGAUUGAUCGGAGCUGCUGCCGUCCCCGUCGCCGGUUGUGACCCGACUCCUUCCCGUUCUGCCUCACGUAAGUUAAGCACUAUUAAUUCUUACUACCAAGCCGCUUGGCUUUAUCACUGCUGAUUAUAACAGCAUGGAUAUGGCAAAUGGUGCGGUGUGGUUCUGCAUAGCUCUUGUUUUCGUCACUGCAGUAAUCACCAAGGUUGCAAGAGGAAGAACAAUGGAUGGUCCGGCAUGCAAUAUGCCGCCUCCUCCUCCUGUGGUGACUGGCAUUUCUAUCAUUGGACUUUUACAUACGCUUGUUGCAAAGGGUUUCCAAACAAUGAUCCACGAGCAAUACACAAAAUUAGGGAGUGCGUUCACAAUAAGUUUAUUUGGGCUAAAAACAACAUUCCUGAUUGGACCAGAGGUCUCAGCUCAUUUUUAUCAAGGACUAGAUUCCGAGAUUAGUCAUGGUAAUAUCCUUGAGUUCACUGUGCCCAUGCUUGGCAAAGAGGUUGGCUAUGGCGUAGAUAUCACCACCCGAACUGAGCAGAAUCGCUUCUAUAUUGAUGCGCUGAAACCAUCAAAGUUGAGGUGCCAUGUUGGUCCCAUGAUUCAAGAAGUGGAGAAUUACUUUGUAGAAUGGGGACAGCAAGGUACUGUUGAUCUAAAACAAGAGUUCGAGCAGUUACUCAUGCUGAUCUCAGGCCGAUGCUUACUCGGGAAAGAGGUUCAGGGGAAGAUGUUCAACGAGUUCUUCUCUACGUUCCGUGAACUCACUGAUAACAGCUUGGGACUGAUCACCAUGUUGUUUCCGUAUGCCCCGAUUCCGAUGACCCGACGGCGCGAUAGGGCGCGUGCUAGGCUCUCAAAAAUGUUCACUUCGAUCGUGAGAUCACGCAAGAGCUCCAACCGAGUUGAGGAGGAUGUGUUGCAGAACCUGAUAGACUCCAGAUACAAAGACGGCCGCCCCACGACCGAUGCUGAGGUGACCGGGCUAAUGAUCGCCGUGCUCUUUGCCGGGAAGCACUCAAGCUCCACCACCAGUACGUGGACUGGAGCUCGCCUCCUAAGCCACUCACAAUGCUUGAAGGCUGCCGUCAAGGAGCAGCAGCAAAUUGUCAGUAAAUAUGGGGACCACAUAGACUACAAUACCCUGCUGGAGAUGACCUUCCUACACUGCUGCAUCAAGGAGGCGCUGCGGAUGCACCCUCCUGCACCAACAUUUCUUCGCAAGGUGCACAAGAACUUCACCAUACGGACCAGAGAAGGCCACGAGUACGAAAUCCCGAGAGGGCAUACCAUAGCAAGCCCUUUGGUAUUCAACAACAACAUUCCUUACAUUUACAAGGAUCCUGAUGUGUAUGACCCAGACCGGUUUGGUCCUGGAAGGGAGGAAGACAAAGUUGGCGGCAAGUUCUCUUACACUGCGUUCAGUGGUGGAAGGCAUGCUUGCCCCGGCGAAGCUUAUGCUUAUAUGCAAGUUAAGGUGAUAUGGAGCCAUUUACUAAGGAACUUUGAGCUCAAGUUGGUGUCUUCGUUUCCCGAGACUGACUGGGGGAAGGUUGCCCUGGACCCUAAAGGGAAAGUAAUGGUGAGUUACAAAAGACGGACGCUACCUGGCACCUAGUUGGAAAACUGAUUACUGUUUAUGUACCAACUGUAUGUAUUUAUAUAUGCUUUGUAUGUGUAAUAUGUGUGUAACAUGUUUGUAUGCCCACACAUGUUGUGUGGAGAGAUGGAUGGCGACAUAUAGUCACAUAAAAUGAAAAUGGAAAUGACGUCUUCUCUCAAGAAAAGGCGGAAUGGUUGAGUAAACACAUAACGCUCAUGACGUUGAAACACAGGAUGUAAGAAGAGCAAAGAAAUGUACUCCUGAUCGCCAAUCUUUAUUGUACCGUCAGUCUAU